GGCGGACAAGCAUGCUCUCUUGUACUCUCCGCGCUGUACGGCUUCAUCUGGCGUGUUCUCUCACUAGGAAAGGACAGCAAAAUAAGAAGCGGCUCAUCUGCAUGGGUCCACAUUCCCCCAAGACGACCUGUGAAGUGGUUGAGUUGGCGCAUUUCUGUGGCAAAUCUCGACGACAGCAGCAGCAGAGAGGACUGUCCACUGUACUCCACUCUCAGUCGCUCGCCUGAUCACCAGCAGUGCUUACCCCUUUGAGUUUGCGAUCGUUAAGCCCGCGAAGAAGACCGUGGCACACGAUCAUCCCAAAAAGCUGUUUACUGUGGAACACAUUCUGCAGACGAUAAAAAAAGUGAAAGACAGAUAUUUAGACGCCCGAGUGUCAAGGUCAAAACGGCUGCACGGUGUGGUGUAAAAUAGUGCUAGCGAAGAUCAAUUGGAUUAAUUGAUAGGUUUCGCUCGUCGCAAUGGCUCCAACGAACAUCGGAAAAGAAUCGGCCACGCUUGCGGAAUUGUUCGACGAAAAAGCGUCGCUUACGUUUUUCGUGAAUGGCAAGAAGAUCAUCGACGAGAGUCCCGAUCCGGAGUGUACGCUGCUGGUGUAUUUGCGCGAAAAAUUGCGCCUCUGCGGCACGAAGCUAGGAUGCGCGGAAGGUGGAUGCGGAGCCUGCACGGUUAUGGUAUCGAAGGUUGAUCGCAAAACGGGAAAGUUGCAGCACCUGGCGGUUAAUGCAUGCCUUACGCCCGUUUGUGCCGUGCAUGGUAUGGCCGUUACCACUGUAGAGGGCAUCGGCAGUACUCGUACCCGGUUGCAUCCGGUUCAGGAGCGCAUCGCGAAGGCUCACGGGUCGCAGUGUGGUUUCUGUACGCCCGGUAUCGUCAUGUCGAUGUACGCGCUGCUGCGCAGCUCUCCCGUACCAUCGAUGAAGCAGCUGGAGGUAGCUUUCCAAGGGAACCUUUGCCGUUGCACAGGCUAUCGUCCAAUUUUGGAAGGAUACAAAACGUUCACGAAGGAAGGAGUUGCCACGGCCUGUGGCUUAGGUGAAAAGUGCUGCCGUAAUGGAAAAGCCAAUGGAAACGGCAGCGAAUCCGGUUGUGGGGCGCAAGUUGAAAGUACACUGUUUGAACGCGGUGACUUCACGCCUUAUGACGCCACGCAGGAACCAAUUUUUCCACCAGAACUGAAGCUUUCCAACGGGCUGGAUGCUAAUUCGUUUGUCUUCCGAUCCUCACGCACUGCCUGGUACCGACCGACGAAGCUGACCGAUCUGCUGAUGCUGAAGAAGGAAUUCCCCAAUACCAAGAUCGUUGUGGGCAAUACGGAAGUUGGUGUGGAGGUGAAAUUCAAGCACUUUGAGUAUCCCGUUUUGGCUAAUCCCAUCCAGAUCCAGGAGUUGACGACCAUCGAAGUCAGUGAGGCCGGAUUAAAGGUUGGCUCGGCGGUUACCUUGAUGGAAAUGGAGCAGGCCCUUCGGCAGGAAAUCGACACACAGCCUGAACCAACGACGCGUUUGUUCCGGGCCAUUGUCGACAUGCUGCACUGGUUCGCGGGAAAGCAGAUUCGUAAUGUGGCCUCGGUUGGUGGCAACAUUAUGACUGGUAGUCCGAUUUCCGAUCUUAAUCCCAUUUUCACGGCGGCUGCGGUUGCACUGGAGGUCGCAAGCAUUGAUGGCGGUGUCCGGACGGUUCACAUGGGAGAAGGGUUUUUCACCGGCUAUCGCAGGAAUGUGAUCAAACCGGAUGAAGUUCUUCUCUCGGUGUUCAUUCCGCGCACAACGAUAGACCAACACUUCAUUGCGCACAAGCAAGCCAAACGACGGGACGACGAUAUUGCGAUCGUUAAUGGUGCCUUUAAUGUUCGUUUCCACCCUGGAACGGAUGUGGUCGAGGAGAUUCACCUGGCUUUUGGUGGGAUGGCACCAAUCACCGUACUUGCCACGCGUACGGCUAAUGCAUUGAAAGGGCGAUCGUGGGAUAGCAAGCUGGUGGAGUGUUGUAACGAUCUCUUGAUCGAGGAGCUACCCCUCAGCGCAUCUGCACCGGGCGGUAUGAUACUCUACCGGCGAUCGCUAACACUCAGCCUUUUCUUUAAAGCAUAUCUGGCCAUUGCUCAAGCACUCGAUAAAACAUCUAUCAAAGGACGCACUCCGAUUGCGGAUCGUGAAAAAAGCGGAGCGGACACGUUUCAUACACUUCCUCCGAAGAGUACCCAGCUGUUCGAAAAGGUUUCUCCAGAUCAACCGGCCACCGAUCCGAUUCAUCGUCCGCAGGUUCAUGCAUCCGCGUACAAGCAGGCCACCGGUGAAGCGGUCUAUUGUGAUGACAUUCCAAAGUUUUCCAACGAAUUGUACCUGGCCUUCGUGUACAGCUCCAAGGCACACGCGAAGAUCGUAUCAAUCGAUCCAUCGGAAGCGUUGCGUGAACCGGGAGUGCAUCGGUUCUUCAGUGCGGAUGAUCUAACGGAGGAGCAGAAUAAGGCCGGGCCCGUAUUCCACGAUGAGUUUGUCUUUGCCAAGGAGGUAGUAACAACGCAAGGCCAAAUUCUGGGAGCCAUCGUCGCUGACAGUCAAACUAUCGCACAACGUGCCUCCAGGAAGGUCAAGAUUGCUUACGAGGAACUGCACCCCGUGAUCGUUACCAUCGAAGAUGCGAUUGCCCAGGAAUCAUUCUACCCUGGCUUCCCACGAACGAUCGUAAGAGGCGAGGAUAUUGAGCAAGCUUUGGCGAAGGCCGACAUCGUCGUGGAAGGUGACUGCCGAUUGGGGGGCCAAGAGCACUUCUACCUCGAAACACAAGCUUGCCUUGCCAUUCCGAAGGAAACGGAUGAGCUGGAAGUGAUAAGUAGCACACAGCAUCCCACCGAGAUCCAGAUGCACGUGGCGCAUGCGCUUGGCAUUCCAGCAUCGAAGGUAGUGUCACGCGUGAAACGGCUUGGCGGUGGGUUCGGUGGUAAAGAAUCACGUGCAGCGAUCGUUGCCAUACCGGUCGCUCUGGCAGCGUAUCGCCUCGGAAGGCCAGUUCGUUGUAUGCUCGAUCGAGAUGAAGAUAUGGCCAUCUCCGGUACGCGCCAUCCGUUCUACUUCCACUACAAGGUAGGAGUCGGUAAGGAUGGCAAACUGGUUGCUGGAGAUUUCCGGUCCUACAACAACGGCGGCCAUUCGAUGGACCUUUCGUUUGCAGUGCUCGAACGAUCACUAUUUCACAUUUCGAACGCUUACCGCAUACCGAACGUUCGAGUGCGUGGUUGGGUUUGCAAAACGAACCUUCCCUCAAACACCGCUUUCCGUGGAUUCGGAGGACCUCAAGGAAUGAUGGCCGCCGAAACGAUGAUGCGCCACGUGGCGCGCAUUCUCGGGCGCGAUUAUGUCGAGCUGGUUGAGCUGAAUCUGUACAAGGAGGGCGAUGUGACGCAUUACAACCAAAUAGUAGAGGGCUGCAACGUGAGCAAGUGUUGGGAUGAGGUGCUACAUACGGCCAAAUUCCAGGAACGCCGGGAAGCGGUCGAACAAUUCAACAAGCAGCAUCGUUGGCGUAAACGGGGCAUUCACGCCGUACCGACAAUGUUCGGUAUUGCGUUCACUGUGUUACAUCUUAACCAAAGUGGUGCCCUGCUGCACGUGUACCAGGAUGGUACUGUGCUUCUGACCCACGGUGGUACGGAAAUGGGACAGGGCUUGCACACAAAAAUGAUGCAGAUUGCUGCCAAAGUGCUCGGCAUACCAUUUGACCGCAUUCAUGUCUCGGAAACGGCAACGGAUAAGGUGCCAAACACUUCGGCCACUGCGGCUAGUGCCGGUUCCGAUUUGAAUGGUACUGCAGUGCUGAAUGCGUGUCAAACGAUCGUCCAGCGUCUGGAACCAUUCCGUAAGCAGUACCCGGACAAAGAUUGGGACUUCUGGGUUAGCAAGGCAUACUUUAGUCGCGUUUCACUGUCAGCUACCGGGUUUUAUGCUACGCCUGAGCUUGGGUACGAUUUUGGCACCAACUCGGGGAAAGCCUUCAACUACUACACAUACGGAGCGGCAUGUUCCGAGGUGGAAAUUGAUUGCCUCACCGGUGACCAUCAAGUGCUGCGAACGGACAUCGUGAUGGAUUUGGGAUCCAGCCUUAACCCAGCCAUUGAUAUUGGACAGAUCGAAGGAGGAUUCAUGCAAGGCUACGGGCUGUUCGCUUUGGAGGAGAUGGUCUACUCGCCCCAGGGACAGGUUUACUCCCGUGGCCCGGGGAUGUACAAGUUGCCCGGAUUUGCCGACAUUCCUGGAGAGUUUAACGUGUCUCUGUUAACCGGCGCACCGAAUCCACGAGCGGUAUACUCCUCAAAGGCAGUCGGCGAACCACCACUCUUCCUGGCGUCAUCUAUUUUCUUCGCUAUUCGGGAUGCAAUAGCGGCUGCCAGGAAGGAGGAGAAAUUGAGCGAAGAAUUUUCUCUCAUCAGUCCUGCCACUUCCGCCCGCAUUCGUAUGGCUUGUCAGGAUAAGAUCACUGAAUACUUCCGCGAUCAGGCCAAUGAAACCAAGCAUGUUAUUCCCUGGAACGUAAUGCCUUGAUCUGACAUUAAAGGCUUCGGUUUAUGAUCAAAUGGUCCAUAAUGUUUUACUGUAGAUUUAGAGUGUGUAAACGUUUCAAGUUUUCCAAACAUUUAAUUUUUCCAGUUAUUUGUUAUGUUUGCUUCGUUUCGCCCAAAAUCGGAAUUUACACAGGCGAGAUUUUGUUUUCGGUUCUGAUUUUGUUUGUUUUUGUUUUAAGAAGUUUAGAAAUCAACAAAAAGCAUUUUAUACGAUUAAUAUAGUAAUAAAAAAUAUUGUAAAAUACA